UGGGCUCCUGGUCCUGGCGUGGCUGCCGAACGGUCCCGGUCGAUCCCUUCCGAACCAAAUGCCUGUGUGACAGGAUCUCCACCUUCGCCAUCUUAGCUCAGCUCAGCGCCGAAAUGAAUACGGAAAAAGUUCUCAUCCCGUCGGUCACGUUAAUUGUCGGCUGCGGAGUGUCUUCCCUGACUCUCGUGCUCUUGAUAAUCAUUUACAUCUCAGUCUGGAGAUAUAUCCGCUCGGAACGUUCUGUCAUCCUAAUCAACUUCUGCCUGUCCAUCAUAUCUUCCAACGCUCUCAUCCUGAUUGGGCAAACCCAGACCCGGAAUAAGGUGAUCUGUACCUUGGUGGCAGCCUUCCUGCAUUUUUUCUUCCUCUCCUCCUUCUGCUGGGUGCUGACGGAAGCUUGGCAAUCAUACAUGGCUGUGACGGGCAGGCUACGGAACCGCAUCAUCCGCAAACGCUUCCUCUGUCUCGGAUGGGGCCUGCCAGCCCUGGUGGUUGCCAUCUCUGUUGGAUUCACAAAAGCCAAGGGGUACGGCACCAUGAAUUACUGUUGGCUGUCUUUGGAAGGUGGUCUGCUUUAUGCCUUCGUGGGACCGGCGGCUGCUGUCGUUUUGGUGAACAUGGUUAUUGGUAUUCUGGUGUUUAACAAACUUGUAUCCAAAGAUGGAAUAACAGAUAAGAAACUGAAGGAACGGGCAGGGGCGUCCCUCUGGAGCUCCUGCGUGGUCCUCCCUCUCCUGGCCUUGACGUGGAUGUCGGCAGUGCUGGCCAUCACAGACCGGCGGUCCGCCCUCUUCCAGAUUCUCUUUGCGGUCUUUGACUCCUUAGAGGGCUUUGUCAUUGUGAUGGUCCAUUGCAUCCUGCGGAGAGAGGUACAAGAUGCCGUCAAAUGUCGAGUGGUGGACCGCCAAGAAGAAGGAAAUGGCGAUUCUGGGGGGUCAUUUCAGAAUGGACAUGCUCAGUUAAUGACCGAUUUUGAGAAGGACGUGGAUAUGGCUUGUAGAUCAGGUGAGCACAUCACAGUUCUCAAUAAAGACAUCAGCACUUGCCGUACCAUGACGAUCACGGGGACGCUAAAGCGCCCGUCCCUGCAGGACGAGGAGAAGCUGAAGCUGAACCAUCAGAAAGGUUCAUCGAACUUCAACAGUCUUCCAGCCAACGUCUCCAAGAUGCACCUCCAAAGCUCCCCGCACUACAUGGGGGCGAUCAACCUCAACGACUUCAGCAACCACACCCUCACCCUGAAGAAGGACAAGGGCCAGCCGACGCCCAAGUCCAUCUACAUCUGUGAUGGGGACAUCUUCAAAAAGCUGGACUCGGAGCUCUCCCGGGCCCAGGAUCAAGCCAUAGACACCAGCUACGUCAUCCUGCCCACCAACACCUCCACCCUGAGGCCCAAGCCACCCCCACCUCCGCCGCCCCCCAAGGACGAUACGAAAUACAGCAUCAAUAUUGACCAGAUGCCUCAGACGAGGCUCAUCCACCUCAGCAUGGCCACCGACCCGGGUUUUGUGGUCAAGAGCCCUCCAAGGGAACCGGUGGUGGUGGGCUGCGGGGAGGUCCAGGCGACUCCCAUGAUGCAGCAGCAACAGCAGCAACACCUGUCCCCACCGGUGGCCAACAAAUCUGGUGACUCGCAGAUGCUGAGCUUGUGUGACACGGGAGAUUCCGGUAACUCUGGAAUGGUGUCCAAGAGCGAGACAGUCUCCACACUCUCCAUGAGCUCCCUUGAGAGACGGAAAUCCCGGUAUGCAGAGCUAGAUUUUGAGAAAAUCAUGCACACGAGAAAACGUCACCAGGACAUGUUCCAGGACCUGAAUCGGAAAUUGCAGCACGCAGAGAAAGAGAAGGAGUCUCCAACGGCAGACAGCAAGGCUCUAAAACGGUGGAGCGUUUCUUCGGGCGGAAGCGAUAAAACAAACACUAGCCAAGAGAAGCAGCAGACCCCCAACAAGAGACCCUGGGAAGGAAUCCGGAAGGUCCAUUCACCACCAGCAUGGGUUAAAAAGGACAUGGAACCAGUAGCUCAGUCUCCCUUGGAACUCAAAACUGUAGAAUGGGAAAAAACGGGAGCAACGAUCCCCCUGGUGGGACAGGACAUUAUCGACCUCCAGACGGAGGUCUGAGGAGGAAAAGACGAGAGACUCUUACGGUGUCUUUUC